AUGGAUGUCCCCGUCGCGGCCAAUGUCCUAGGCACCAUCGGUGCGGUAUGCUGGUCGAUUCAGCUACUCCCACAAAUCAUCAUCAACUAUCGACGUCAUGAUACCGAGGGUCUACAGCCGUCGAUGAUGUUGCUGUGGGCUGCAGCCGGCGUGCCGCUCGGCGUGUAUAACAUCGUCGAGGAGUUCAACGUCGCUCUUCGCAUCCAACCUCAGAUCUUGACAGCUCUCAGCUUGCUCACCUGGGCGCAGUGUCUAUACUACGGCAAGAAAUCUUCCAUUCCGAAAUGCAUUGCAGCCGUGGUUCCUCUGCUAGCCGGACUAGGCGGUAUCGAGGUAGGACUGGUCUUUGCCCUGAAGGCGGCCAGGAAUCGUGAUCUCGAAUGGCCCAUGAUUUUGAUGGCCGUGCUCAGCGCGUGUCUCCUGGCCGCCGGCGUUCUCACCCAUUACUGGGACAUCUAUGUCCACCGGACGGUGCGAGGGAUCAGCUUCUUAUUCGUUGCCAUUGACGCGGCGGGAGACUUGUUUUCGCUUGUGUCUGUCUUAUUCGAACCGACCAUCGACGUUCUCGGAAUGGUCAUAUAUGGCACGGAGCUGGCACUGUGGAUUGGUGUCUUUGUAUGCGGCGGCGUCUUCAAUUUGCGACCUUGGAUUCAGAGUCGCAGGAAGACGCGCAAUGAACAGGAACAGGAAUCUGAGCCCGUGUCCUUACACGAAAUGCCGUCUUCCACUUCGGUCUUCCGGACGGCUUCGGGGUCGGAUGUCGUUGCUAGGAGAGCGCGACCCAAUGUGUGCUUCGGAAGUCGUUCGCCUGCGAUGAGUGCAAGCGACGCAAAGUCCGCUGCUCCGGGGAUGAGAAUUGCUCCAAUUGCCUCCGAGACGCCAAAGCAUGCCAGUACACCUCCCCAUCGCAACGGCUUUGGUCGCUUCAGCGGUUCAAGGUGUCUUCAAGCAUCGGAGAGAAAUCGAAAAGAGAUGGAAAAUGCCUGGAAAGUAUAUCUUCCCACGGUUGAUCUGCAAGAGGCAAUCCGUAGCACACGGGGAAGCCCCUCCGAUACGGCCGCGACCGUGAAAAGGAAGCGCAAGCUGAGCAACGAAGUGGAGCAUCCCACCGAGCAGAUCUCGACGGGCAUCACGGAGCACAGCAAUGCAGAGGACUACGAGUUUGACGAGUCGCAAGACUUUGACAACUCGAUUGACGGCAUGGGAUUCCUAACCGUCGAUCCGCACAAGGCAGGCUAUACGGGCCCCCAGUCUGGCAUCGCCGCCUUGAAGUUUCUGCAGUCGCUUCCGCUCUACCUCCCGUUGAAUAGCAUCAACACUCCUUCGUCGCUAGAUGAGGACGGUCUCCCGAUCGCAUCUCAGCCGACCGAGGUAAUAAAUCGCUAUAUCGAUGAGUACUUCUCUCUCUACCACCCCGCCUAUCCUAUUCUCCAUGAGGGUACUUUCCGUGCUCGAGUAUCGGGCGCGCUGGCAAAGCCCAGAGAUGGUUCUUGGCCCUUACUGUAUAACACUGUGCUUGCAAUCGGCGCCUUUGUGGGCGACUCCAAUGUGACAAAAUGUGAUAUCCCAUUCUAUCAAGAAGCGCGUCGGCACUUGACCAUGGACGUCUUAGAGAAGGGGUCUUUGAGUUAUGUGCAAGCCAUUACGCUACUCUCGAAUUACCUACAAAAGCGCAACAAGCCAAACGCGGGGUUUAUUCUUAUCGGCAUUGGUUUCAGCAUGGCCCUUGCUAUAGGGUUGCACCGGGAAUUUGCCAUGCCGAGCACAUCACCAUUCACAAUGGAGAUCCGUCGACGGGUGUGGUGGACACUGUUCGUUUUUGUUUCCGGGGCACAGUUGACACUAGGAAGGCCUGCAGUGUCUCUGGUUGGUGUGAACAUCAGACUGCCUGCGAACUUGGAUGACCAUAACCUUGCUGUUGAUAUGGAAGAAUUGCCAGACUCGAGACCAGAAUCAACAAUAACUUCCUGCUUGAUCGCUCAGAUCAAACUCGCCAAGAUUGCCAACGCCAUCCAGGUAGAGCUUCUAACGCACUACCGACCUACCUACGAUAAGGCUGUAAAGCUCGAGGAGAAUAUCGCGCAUUGGUGGAAAGACCUACCACCCUACUUUAAUCCGGAUGUGCACCUGCGACCGCACCUUGAGUUGUCAAAAAGGGUGCUCAUAUGGAGGUCUUUCCAUCUACGUAUCGUUCUCAAUCGGCCAUUCCUCUUUGAAGCUAUAGCCACAAGAUCAGAAAUCAAUACAAGCGCAGGACCUGUCAAAUCGUGUCUCGCGGCGGCAGACGAAUGCGUUAUGUCUAUUUGCGGAUUCCUGGACUCCACCGAAGAUAGAAAAAGGGGGAUAGCUUGGUACGCCACGUACUGGUUGAUUACAGCAAGCUUUGUCCAGGCGACCUGCUACAUAUACUGUCCUUCGCAUCCGCUAGCCCAAAGCUGGAAGGGUCAUUUACAACAAGCGGUUAGCUGUCUGGGGAGUCUUGGAGCCUCGCACGACAUGGCGUUACGCGCUCAGAAUAUUUUACAAAAGCUUCUUGAGCAAGGGCACGAGCAAGACAUGGGCGAAGGGUUCGGCGAAAACCUCACAGCUACCCCCUUAGGAUCAUCCGCGGUGCCCCCUGCAACAUCUCAAACUCAGGCAAUAUAUAACCCGUUGUCAAUGGGGCUGGAGGAUAGUCUGACAUGGUAUCCGCAAGGUUCAUCCAAUGCAGAACUUUUGGAUGCGGCCGGUGGUUUCAUGAUUCAGAACCUCUUUGAGGGAUCCGAAGAUUAUACAGGAGCCCCGUGGAUGCCUAUUUAA